UGGAGAGCUGCGGCAAUGACAGGAAAGUUCCUGAAGACUCUGGAUCUCCUCCAGUUAGAAUAUAAAAGCUGGGACAGUCCCACUGCUGAGACAGAAAGCGACACCAAAGAAAACACACACUUUAACAAGAGGACUCAACACACACUGAAGAUGCUGUGCUCUCAUGGAUUCCAGUCUGCCCUCGGUCCAUUCACGGACUUCUACUGGCCUGUACGCAGUCUGAGGUCAGAGGUCAAACCUCUGCUUUACCCGCAGGAUCUACUGCAGAGAAACCUACAGGAGCUCCGCAGCAGUCUGGAGCUGAUGGACAAACUCCAACACAAGAUCCUGGAGGAGGAAACGGAGCCUUUCCAAACCAGCGUGGCCGUGCAACCGGCGGUCUCCUACCAGCUGGAAAAAGAGGGAGAGCCCUUUGGCCUGACUCUGGACAUUCAAGGCUUUUCCCCAGAGGAGCUGUCUGUCAAACAGGUGGGCAGGAAGCUGAGAGUCAGCGGGAAGACGGAGAAGAAGCAGGAGGACGGGAAAGGCUCCUACUCUUACAGACGCCGGGAGUUCAGACAGGAGUUCGAUCUGCCUGAAGGGCCGAACCCUGAAGCCAUCACCUGCUACCUGGCUCCAGACGGGAAGCUCCACAUCCAGGCCGCCAACGCUCCGUGUGUUGAGGAGGCUGAGAGAGAGCUGACUAUCAAGAGGAGCUCGGAGGAGAAAGCACAGUAGAGGACAAUAGAACAACAGGAUUGAAUGUUGAUCAUAUAAGCUUUUGUAUUCAUGUUUCAUAGAUAUAUGUGAUAGUUGAACUAUGUUUUCCACGUUUUAAUAAAUUUUAUAAAACAGAAUUAACGUUUCCUA